GUGUAUUUGGAUUCGAUAACGUCGUCGGAGCCGAGGGCACAGUGAGUGAUGUGUGUUUGACAGGGACAGGGCAGAGGGACUGAGAGGACACUACAGUGUGGAUUUGUGUUGUGCAAGGGCACUCUCUUGCCCAGACCAUGUGGCUGGCUACAUUUAGAGACCAUCUGUUGCCUGCACACCUACUACAUCAGCAAGGGACUGUGACCAUCACCCACUGUGCUCUUCUUUGGUGGAUAUUAUGUUCCUGCUGGUCAUUCACCAAGGCAACAAGCCAGAAAUUUUAUCCAACGGUGACCACCCAAUUUGGGAAGCUGAGAGGCCUCAGGGUUCCUGUGCCCAGUGAGGUGCUCAGGCCUGUUGAUCAGUAUCUGGGGGUUCCCUAUGCUGCCCCUCCAUUGGGUGAGAAGCGUUUUAUGCCCCCAGAGCAGCCCUCCUCCUGGUCAGGGAUCAAGAAUGCUACCCACUUCAUGCCCGUGUGCCCCCAGAACAUCCACAACACCGUGCCAGAGAUCAUGAUGCCCAUAUGGUUCACCUAUAACCUGGACACAGUGGCCACAUACAUUCAGGAUCAGAGUGAGGACUGUUUAUAUCUAAACAUCUACGCUCCAACAGAGGAUGGGAGCCAACACAAGAAAAAGGGCGCGGCUUUCUCACAUGGUGACAGUGAUAAGUCUCAAGACAUAAGGGACUCUGAGGCUCGACCUGUGAUGGUCUACAUCCAUGGAGGCUCCUAUAUGGAGGGAACUGGCAACAUGAUGGAUGGCAGCGUGCUGGCCAGCUAUGGGAAUGUUGUCGUCGUCACACUCAACUACAGGGUUGGCAUACUAGGCUUCCUCAGUACUGGUGACCAGGCAGCUAAAGGAAACUACGGACUCUUGGACCAAAUUCAAGCUCUCCGUUGGAUCAGUAAGAACAUCGGCUACUUUGGAGGAGACCCAGGUCGAAUCACGGUUUUCGGAUCUGGAAUCGGUGCCGCUUGCGUCAGUCUGCUAACAUUGUCCCACCACUCAGAAGGUCUGUUCCACAGAGCCAUCAUCCAGAGUGGCUCAGCACUGUCCAGCUGGGCUGUCAACUACCAGCCAGUCAAGUACACUCGCAUGCUGGCCGAGAGGGUUGGCUGCAACGUGCUGGACACUGUAGACAUGGUUUCCUGCCUGCAAAAGAAGAGUGCUAAAGAGCUGGUGGAGCAAGAUAUCCAGCCUGCCCGGUACCGCGUGGCUUUCGGCCCAGUCAUCGAUGGAGACGUCAUCCCAGACGACCCAGAGAUCCUGAUGGAGCAGGGCGAGUUCCUCAACUAUGAUAUUAUGCUGGGUGUUAAUCAGGGGGAGGGGCUACGCUUCGUGGAGAACGUGAUGGAUCUGGAAGAUGGCGUUUCUGGCAGCGACUUUGACUUUGCUGUGUCAGACUUUGUGGACAGCCUGUAUGGGUAUCCAGAGGGGAAGGACACACUGAGGGAGACAAUUAAAUUCAUGUACACAGACUGGGCUGACAAGGACAACCCGGAGACAAGGAGGAAGACCCUAGUGGCUCUGUUCACCGACCACCAAUGGGUAGAGCCGUCAGUGGUGACAGCUGACCUUCACGCCCGCUACGGUUCACCUACUUACUUCUACGCCUUCUACCAUCACUGCCAGAGCCUAAUGAAGCCUGUGUGGUCUGACUCAGCCCAUGGAGAUGAGGUGCCUUACGUGUUUGGCAUCCCCAUGGUUGGCCCAACUGACCUGUUCCCUUGUAAUUUCUCCAGGAAUGACAUUAUGCUCAGCGCCGUCGUCAUGACUUAUUGGACCAACUUUGCCAAGAGUGGGGAUCCUAACAAGCCAGUGCCCCAGGACACCAAGUUCAUCCACACCAAGGCCAACCGUUUUGAGGAGGUGGCCUGGUCCAAGUACGACCCUUAUGACCAGUUGUAUCUGCACAUCGGCCUGAAGCCACGUAUCCGAGAUCACUACCGUGCCACCAAGGUGGCCUUCUGGAAACACCUGGUGCCCCAUCUGUAUAACCUCCACGACAUGUUCCACUACUCCUCCACCACCACCAAGGUCACGCCGCUGGAUUCCACCCAGUCCAAUGGGAAGAGUAAAUCCUCCAGCACCAGCCGGCCUCCUCUGUCCACUGCCCACAACAACGGGGAAGGAGGGAGAGAGAUGGGCCCUCUGAUCAUGCCAAACCCAAGAGAUUACUCCACCGAGCUCAGCGUCACCAUCGCCGUGGGCGCCUCACUGCUCUUCCUCAAUGUUCUGGCCUUCGCUGCUCUCUACUACCGAAAGGACAAGCGCAGCCGGCAGGACGCGUCCCAGCAGCCCAGUCCCCAGCGUGAGAGCAAGGGCAACAGUGCCAGCCACACCACUACCAUCGAUGAGAGCGUGUCCCAGCAAAUGAACCAGUGUGACGCCCUUCACAAUCCCCUCCAUGUUUCUCCCAGCUUGGACUACUCACUCACAAUGCGUCGCUCGCCUGAUGACAUCCCUCUGAUGACACCCAACAACAUCACCAUGAUCCCCAAUUCCCUGAUGGGCCUCUCCAACAUGAGUCCCUACAGCACCUUUCCUGCCGGUUACAGCUCUGCGGGCCUGCCCAGCACACACUCCACCACACGGGUAUAG